AUGGACUGCCACGUCUCCGCCGCGAGCGACGUCUGCUACGAGAAGGGCUGGCCGAUCCCGUUCAUCUGGCAGCGCGACAGCGACUGCUGCGCGUGCCAGGGCAGAGGACGGUGCGCCAACGGCUUUCAGAUGGCCGCCGGCGCCACGUCCGGCGACUGCGCCAGCUUCGCCGCCGGUGGCGAAUGCCAGUCGCAAAGCACGUGCUGCGUGCCCGAUCCUUCGGGUCCGAGCCGGUCGUUUCGCCGCUCGGCCGAUCCGGUGGCGAGCUUCGCAGCCGCCGAGGCGUACUGCGGCGACAGCGGCCUCGCGAGAAUAGACUCGGCGGCGGAGAACGCCCUCGCUGCCGAGGCGUGUGGCGAUGCGGUCUGCUGGCUCUCCUUCCGAGACCCCAGCUUGGGCGGCCACUGGCGUUGGCCCGGCGACGAACUGCCUCUCUACACAAAUUGGAACGGCGAAUACAAGCAGCCGGGCCUUGACGACAAUGGCGGCGAGCGAGAGCCAUACUCGACGCUCAACACGCGCGGCACGCUGUGGACGCGCGGCAGCCGGACCGACCUGUCGGUGCUCGACGGCACGUGGUUCGACGCUGCGGAUCUAGGGACGGCGCACGCGCUUUGCAACAUGCCGCUCGAGGACGCGCCGCCCCGCCCUCCGCCGCCUCCGCCGCCGCCUCCGCCGCCGCCCUCGGCGCCUCUUCCGCCCGGCAGCUGCCCAAGGGGCUGGGAGCGGGGCGGGAGCAAGUGCUACCGUCUCAUCGGCCGGGCCUCGCAGGCGGGGUGCCAGGACAUGUGCGCCGCCGCGCUGCCCGGCGCAGGGCUGGUCUGCAUCGAGUCGCGCGCCGAGCAGGACUUCCUCCGAGCAACCUUUGGCCGAGUCGGGGAGGGCUGCUGUCGCUGGCGCCGCCGCCGCAGGCGACGAGCCCUCACGCCGCAGCGGCCGGACCCGUUCAUCGGAGACUUUGGCAGCGACCAGUCCUGCUGCACCUGGUCCGGCCUCUUCCAGGACCCCUCGGCCGACAGCGGCUUCCGGGCCCCCAAUGCCGCGGCCGCCCCACAAGGCGACGCGGCGGCGGGAUGGGACUUGUGGCGCGCGGGCGGCUGCGACUCGGGCUUCCGUGCUUGGUCGCGGGGGGAGCCGAACCAGUGGGGUGGCCUGGAGGAGGAUUGCGCCCUCCUGUUUGGGCCCGGGGAGGGGUGGGUCGACAUCGGCUGCGGCGGGGAGUACCGCUGCCUCUGCGAGGUCGCCCUCGCCCGUGGCCCGCUCGACGCGGCGGCGCCGCUGCUGAGAGCAGGCCACGCCUCCGCCUCGCUCGGGGUCGGUGUCGCGGUCGGCUUUGCGCUGCUCGCCGCCGCGGCGUGCCUCCUCGGCCGCGCGAGGCGCAAGCGGGCGGGCGGGCAAGGCGGCGCCGCCCGCGUCAUCGAGCUCCCUACGGUCGUCGCGUCGCCCCUCGUCUCGCCCCUCGUGACGAGCGCCGCCACGCGCGCCGCCGAUGGCCUCUCCCGCUGCGCGCAGUGCGGCCACGCCUCCCCGUCCGCAAACAACUUUUGCCCGCUCUGCGGCGCGAGCACGAAUCUCGGCCUCGUUCCGGGCGCCGUCGUGGUGCAGGCCGCGCCCGAAGGGGGCAAGCAAGCGUGA